AUGGGGAUUCCUCAACAAGCUGAAGCACUUACACUACAACUUCUGUCGCUUGAUACAUUCGUGGCACAGGCCAAGUUCAUCCAAGGGCUAUCUCAACGUCUUCUCGAAAUCCCAAACGUCGACCACACGGAUGGGUUUUCCUUUUUCCGAAAGCUACAGAGUUUUCCUCAGCUCGGGAUGUGGAGUGAAAGCAUCAUGCCGCGUCCUCUGGACUUCCCGGUCAACUUUGAAGUCACAGGCUGCGUUUUCAUUCCUCGCCUCGAGGGAUGGCAGCCCACCGCGGCAUUGUCUGCAUUCGUGGCCAAGAAAGAUGCUUCUGGGCUCCCGCCCAUCGCUGUCACCUUUGGCUCUGUCAUGGGUGCCCGAAGACUUGCGGAGGUAAUCAUUGCGGCGGCGAGGCAGCUGGGCAAGAGUGUGAUCUGGUGCCAUGACGCGAAGCGUGAAGGGCAGGCAGAGACCACGGACUUUGCCUUUGCCCUGCCCUGUGAUGGACAGACUACGGCGGAGGAUGUCUUCGAAAUAGAGUAUGUGCCCUUCGAUUGGCUUCUGCCACGAGUGAGUGUUACUGUUUGCCACGGCGGUGCAGGGACUCUGUGGCAUAGCUUCCGAAGCAGAACGCCCUGUGUGGUUUGCCCAAUGCUCUCAGCACUUUUCGCUGAUCAAGUGACGCAUGCAGACUUCGUGGCAAGGGCUGGUCUCGGAACGCGGGUUUUGGAACUAAAUCCGAGUAUUGAGGCCUGCAAGGCAGCCUUGCUGGCAGCACAAAGUUGCAGCGCAGCUUGCCAACGAAUCGGCACGAAGCUGCAGCAAGAGGAUGGCUCGGUCAAAGCAGCCGCCGCGAUUGAACGAAUUUCCGCGGAGAAGGAAACUGCACAGUACCCCAAGACUCCACGGAGCAAUGUCUGCUUGCCCUGUUUUUAA